UAACUCGCUCUGAUUGGUUGAACAAUUGAACAGGUGCUAUGCGUCAUCCGCCAUAACGUUGUAAGUCCGUGAAAGUGAGAUCGUUUUUGUGAAUUAUAAAAGAAAAUAGUGAUUAUAUUGUGAUAUUAUUUUUGUAAAAGUGUUUAAAUGUGUUAACGAAGAUGACCGAGUGGUACAGAAUGAAGACGGGCUUCAUAAACAAGCACGAUUCAUCGGAAUUGUCCGCAGAAACUUCGUGUGAAAUGUCAGACUCUUUUAAUAUAUUUUCGGAUAAUUUGAGUCCGAUACCUUCGUCUAUUGUGCCUAGGAAGUUGGAUUUUAGUAAUAUAGAUGACGAUGACGGCAUGAAGGAUGCAUUGCCGACACCGGUAUCACACAGUCCUCCUUACAAGAGAGUAAGGGCACUGAGGUUAUUUGACAGUCCCCACACACCUAAGACGCUGCUGGAGAAGUGUUCGACUCCGUCACACCAUCCGCCCCGGUCCAGACUGUUUCCACCGAAAUUAAACGCGCAGACGGGCAUGCCGUCUGGCUCCAGCCACCACCUGCACCCGCCGGGCGCGGCGUCCGGCGACGAGGACAGCGCGCUGGGCAGCCUGCCGCCCGACGAGCUGGAGGACUCGCGAGUCUGCCGCCGCGCCGUCGCCAACAUCAAUCCCUUCACGCCUGAUGGUCAAGCGCUGAACAAGAAGAAGCGAGCUUUGUCAAAAACACCGACGUGGGGCGACGCGACGCCCGAACAGCCGGCAAAGAGACUCAGGGAAUCCAACAUCUCCCGCUACAACAUCGAGUUCGUGGAGCUGGGCGUGGUGGGCCUGGGCGAGUUCGGGCGCGUGACCCGCUGCGUGAACAAGCUGGACGGCUGCGUGUACGCGCUGAAGCGCUCGCUGCGGCCGGUGGCGGGCUCGGCGGCCGAGCGCGCCGCCCUCACCGAGGUCUACGCGCACGCCGCGCUAGGGAAGCAUCCGCAUGUCGUCAGAUACUACUCAGCAUGGGCGGAGGACGACCACAUGAUUAUCCAGAAUGAGUACUGUGACGGAGGCUCGCUACAGCAGAAGAUUCAGAACGGACCGCUCCGAGAGAGCGAGCUUCUGUUGUUGCUCGCACACAUUGCUGAUGGCUUAGCCUACAUCCACUCGCUGCAGCUGGUCCACAUGGACGUGAAGCCCGGCAACAUAUUCAUCUGCAGCGGUGAGGGCCAGCCCGCGCACGACUCCGACGACGGCUACGACGACGACGAGCCGCAGUACCAUCAUAUAUAUAAGAUCGGUGACCUCGGCCACGUGACCUGUGUAUCAUCUCCCUCCGUGGAGGAGGGUGACUGUCGCUACCUGCCCAAAGAAGUGUUACAGGAAGACCUCACGCAGCUCACCAAGGCAGAUAUCUUCGCGUUCGGUCUGACGCUGUUCGAGGCGGGCGGCGGCGGGCCGCUGCCGAAGAACGGCCAGGAGUGGCACGACAUACGCGACGGCAAGCUGCCCGACCUGCACUACCUGUCCAGGGAGUUCAACCAGCUGCUCAAGAAAAUGGUAGACCCGGACCCCUCCGCCCGGCCGUCGGCCGCCCGCCUGCGCCGCCACCCGCUGCUGCACCCCGCCGGCAACAAGAGCAAGGCGCAGCUGCGGCGCGAGCUCGCCGCCGCCAACAUGAAGAACGAGCUGCUCGCCAGGAAGCUGCAGGAGGCCGCCAGAUGUAUAAAAUCAUUAACACCGAACAUCGUUGCGAAUCAAGAAUCAGCGAAAUUCCGAACGCGAUCAGCGAAACGAUUGCAAAAGCCGCGCGUCGACAAUCACAUAGCGGAAAUGAUACAAUCCGUGACGUCGCCCAUCAGAAUAGACCGCGAGAGGUACAGACGAACGAAAAAGGUAUAAAAUAUAAAUCGAAUCAUUAAAGUAUAUAUUUAUAAAGAUAAUGUAAAGAUUAUAUGAGAGAAGUUGUAUAUGUUUGACUAAACUUGUAGCUGAAAGGUGUUUCAAGGUCAUCUGUUUAUGCAAUAUUCUUGAAAUUACUCUCGAUUAUAUUUUUAAACGUCUUUGUGUGGUAAUAAACUAGAUUCUCUAUAAACUCUAAGUAGUGUAUUUCGUAAAAAAUGACAGUCUUUAUAUGUAUUUGGUGACGGUUUACUCACGCGUAUUUAUCGGUUUCGCCCGAUUAGUUUCGGACGCAACUGUAGUGUUUUAUCGUGAAAACUUAGCCUUAUCUGUUUGUAUAUUCAUAAAGCAAGAAUAGUGUUUUUUUUCGGAAAAGAAGUUGUUUAUUACAAAUAAAAACGAAAGUAUUAUCAGGGAUUAUUCAAAAGUAUUGCAUAAAAACCAGUCUUGCUAUAAGAUACUGUGUUACCCAGUAAAAUUGGUUUUGUAAAUCAGUUUGGUAGUAAUAGACGAUUUUAAAACUUCAUAAAAAACUCUUGAUUUAGCAAAUAUUAUUUUUGUCUAAAUAAAAGAUUAAAAACGAUUCCCCAUUAAAAAUAUAUCGGAUAGACAGUCGCUCUGCAACAUACUGGUGUUAAGCUAUAAAGUUACAUAGAUUUUGAAAUUGAUAUAAUUUCAAAUUAAAUUUUAAACUAAUAAAAACUACGCACAAAUAGAUAGAUUGUAUAAAUACUCGGAUAGUUAUGUAUGAUUCUUGUAUUAAUCGACAAAUUUAAUUAUAACUGUAUGACUUGUACUAAGAUUUUAAAGGUAUGUCUGUUUGUCUGACACAUGUCUACCUAAGUGUCGUUUCUACAAUCGUUAACUUUG